GCUCCAGGUUGGCUCCUCCUCACCUCCUUUUCCAUGACCCUGGGCUCCGGCCGCUGCCUCGCUCUCCCCCGCAAUGUUUCCUAGCCCUGUGACAACGACACCCUUCUCGGUCAAGGACAUUUUGAACCUGGAACAGCAUCAGGGCGGCCUGGCCUCCAUGGAGCUCUCCUCGCUGUCCUCCCCCUCCUGCAUGCUGGCCACCUUCAAGCAGGAGACGUUCAGCGCCGAGCCCCCGACCCUGCCCGACCUGCGGGAGGAGAUGCCCGAGGCCAAACCCACUGCCGCCUUUCCCGGCUCCUUCUACGUUAAAAACUACGUGGAAAUGGACUCGGCCAAAGACGCGAAGGCGGACAAGAAAGAACUCUGUUCCCUGCACAAGAGCCUGGAGCAGGAGAAAAGAGACCUGGAAGAUCCCGAGCGGCCCAGACAGAGGAAAAGGAGGAAACCUCGCGUCCUCUUUUCUCAAGCCCAAGUCUACGAACUGGAGAGACGGUUCAAGCAGCAGAAAUAUCUCUCGGCUCCCGAGAGAGACCAUCUAGCCAACGUCCUAAAGCUCACCUCCACUCAGGUGAAAAUUUGGUUCCAAAAUCGAAGGUAUAAAUGCAAAAGGCAGAGACAGGAUCAGACCUUGGAAAUGGUGGGCAUCCCCCCUCCCCGGCGGAUAGCGGUGCCGGUGCUGGUGCGCGAUGGGAAGCCCUGCCUGGGGGAGUCAUCUCCCUACAGUUCGCCGUACAAUGUC